AUGAAUCGCACUAUCCUGUCACUUCUCCUCCUCUGGCUAUGCGUGCGACCGGCUAUUGCGUCUGGGAUUGUCGGUGUUUCAGGCUCUGACAGCUUACCACAAUGUGUUGUCGAAUGUGUAUCACAGAGUCUCCUACUCGAUGAUUGCGACCUAUCGGAUAUCAAGUGUCGGUGCACGAACAAGAAUAUCAACACUCACAUUUCCCUUUGCUUAUUGGCAAAAUGCGACAUCGCAGAGACCAUCGUGGCGGCGCGAUCUUGGGCCCAAGAAUGUGACCAGCCUCAUGAUAAUCACCACGAUUCUAUGAGGGCCGCGAUAGUGGCGAGUGGAGUUGCUGGUCUUCUCAUCGUCAUCCUUCGCAUAUUCUCAAGGGCAUAUACAUUGCGCAGAUUCUGGUGGGAUGAUUGGAGUCAUAUCAUUGCUGGGGUGCUCAUGAUACCACUCCUUGUUUUCAGUAACCUUUGUGUGAAUGAAGGAAUGGGAUACCAUCUAUACGACAUCAAUUUCUCGUCCGUAUCUCAAGCCAGACAUCUGGCUAUCUGGUAUUAUCUCUCACAGAUUUUCUGGCUGGUCGUCAUCUAUUUCAUUAAAAUAUCGAUCCUUUUCCUUUACCUACGCAUAUUCCCCGAGAUUCCACUCUUUCGAAAUUGUGUGAUAGCGACAAUGGUGUUCACGACGGUAGCUGUUAUUAUUCUUGUUCCAAUGGAUAUAUGGCAAUGCGUACCGGUACAUGCAAUAUGGGACUUGAAACGGGAGGAUGCGAGGUGCCUCAGUAUCGCAGGAGUGGCUUAUGCAAGUGCAGGGGUGAACAUUGCUACGGAAAUUGCAGUUUUCGUUCUGCCUCUGCCAUUGCUCCGGACACUUCGCGCUACUAUAGCGCAAAAGGUUGGGCUGUAUGCUCUUUUUGGCUGUGGUAUUCUGGUUAUUGGCAUUGCAUCCGCCCGAGUGCCAACCUUAAGGAACGUCGAGGCCAUUCGUGAUCCGACUUAUCUGAAUGCUGGCGUGUUUUACUGGACCUGCGCGGAAACCGCUGUGGCACAUUUAUGUGCAGCCGCGCCGGCUAUUCGACCGUUAUAUGUGAAAUUACGCGAUAUGGUCAGACGGAGGAGGAAAAGAACAUCAGAUUCGUCCGAGUCUGAUGUUUUCAGCGGCAACUCUGUUUCGAACGCCCGCAAUCGGUCCAUCCCUGGCUUGAGUUGUCAGCAAGUGACAUCUCGUAUUGCGGGAGGACUUGAUGAUAGACAUAAUGAUGAGAUGGUUAACUUGCAUGACCGUUCGCUUUCCUUGGAAAAGUCAGAUAGCAGGCGGCUUGAGGUCACUGUCUGA